CGCUUCGUUUGACUCCACGGUCCGGCUGUGGGAUGUGGAGCGAGGGGUGUGUAUUCACACACUGACCAAACACCAGGAACCUGUCUACAGUGUCGCUUUUAGCCCUGACAGGAAGUAUAUGGCCAGCGGCUCCUUUGACAAGUGUGUCCAUAUCUGGAAUACUCAGAGUGGCAGUCUCGUCCAUAGCUACCGAGGCACCGGCAGCAUCUUCGAGGUGUGCUGGAAUGCUCAUGGGAACAAAGUGGGCCCCAGCACCUCCGAUGGCUCCGGAAGAGCUGAGGACAGUGGCGAGCCUGUGGCGGCUGUGGCGCCGGCUGGCAGUGAGUGCGUGAGGUUUGGGGGGCAGCAUGUUGGGGUCCAGAUGAAGACCAUCCCCCCCCCAGAUGAGAGUGUUUUCAUCUCUGCAGAGCAUCGGCUCCUGGAGAUCAGGACCAUUCUGAGCGGCUUCAUCAUCAGGGGCUACUUGGGGAAGUGGACCCUGCUAAUUAAGAUGGUCACCCUGGUGCUGGUAGUGUCAUCCGGCCUGAGCCUUGGGAAAGAAGGGCCGCUGGUGCACGUGGCUUGUUGCUGCGGCAACUUCUUCAGCAGCCUUUUCUCCAAGUACAGCAAGAAUGAGGGCAAGAGGCGCGAGGUGCUUUCAGCGGCGGCUGCGGCUGGAGUCUCCGUGGCCUUUGGUGCUCCGAUCGGGGGUGUGCUUUUCAGUCUGGAAGAGGUCAGUUACUACUUUCCCUCGGAGACAUUGUGGAGGUCAUUUUUUGCGGCCCUGGUGGCGGCCUUCACGUUGCGAUCCAUCAAUCCCUUUGGGAACAGCCACCUUGUUCUCUUUUAUGUGGAAUAUCACACGCCCUGGUACAUGGCUGAACUCUUCCCCUUCAUCCUUCUUGGGGUGUUUGGGGGCUUGUGGGGAACCCUCUUCAUCCGCUGCAACAUCGCCUGGUGCAGGAGGCGCAAGACCACCCGGCUGGGGAAGUACCCGGUGCUGGAGGUCAUUGUGGUGACUGCCAUCACCGCUGUCAUUGCCUACCCCAAUCCCUACACACGCCAGAGCACCAGUGAGCUCAUUUCUGAGCUGUUCAAUGACUGUGGGGCCCUUGAGUCCUCCCAGCUGUGUGACUACAUCAACGACCCCAACAUGACCCGGCCUGUGGAUGACAUUCCAGACCGGCCAGCUGGGUUUGGUGUUUACACGGCCAUGUGGCAGCUGGCCCUGGCGCUGAUCUUCAAAAUCGUCAUCACCAUAUUUACCUUUGGCAUGAAGGUCAGUUACUACUUUCCCUCGGAGACAUUGUGGAGGUCAUUUUUUGCGGCCCUGGUGGCGGCCUUCACGUUGCGAUCCAUCAAUCCCUUUGGGAACAGCCACCUUGUUCUCUUUUAUGUGGAAUAUCACACGCCCUGGUACAUGGCUGAACUCUUCCCCUUCAUCCUUCUUGGGGUGUUUGGGGGCUUGUGGGGAACCCUCUUCAUCCGCUGCAACAUCGCCUGGUGCAGGAGGCGCAAGACCACCCGGCUGGGGAAGUACCCGGUGCUGGAGGUCAUUGUGGUGACUGCCAUCACCGCUGUCAUUGCCUACCCCAAUCCCUACACACGCCAGAGCACCAGUGAGCUCAUUUCUGAGCUGUUCAACGACUGUGGGGCCCUUGAGUCCUCCCAGCUGUGUGACUACAUCAACGACCCCAACAUGACCCGGCCUGUGGAUGACAUUCCAGACCGGCCAGCUGGGUUUGGCAUUUACACGGACAUGUUGACAGCUGGCCCUGGCACUGAUCUUCAAAAUCGUCAUCACCAUAUUUACCUUUGGCAUGAAGGCAAGUGA